CGCUCCGCGGCGGCGGUCGGCGUUACCGACCAAUAAAAUGUGAGGAUAGCUCGCGCUGCUGUGACGUCACGUCACCGGAAGUUCCCGAAGAGGGUAGCAGAGUUCGGCAGGUCGGCUAGCUUGGUUCCCGCCGCGCUAGCGGUGCAGAGGUCCCUUUUUGCGGCCGCGGUCCUCAAGGCCGCGGAGCUUAGAGAGGCCUUAAGCUGGGUCCGCGGAAUCGGUGGCAUCGACCUGGCCCUUGACGUCCUUGGGGAGUCACUCUUGCUGGGUCUCAGGCGGCGGCCGGAGCACCUCUCCCUCUCGGGCUCCCUUCCUGCGUCCCCGGUGACGGACGAAAAGUUCUCUUGGGAUUUUUGAUUCACCGAGUGACCUUGAGCUCAGGGCGACGCCUUCCUUGUAGUUUGUGGCUGCAUUCGCCUACUCAGGAGGUGUCAUGGCCUGUGCUGCUGUCUUGGUCCCUGGGUUGUUGCGAAGCUCUUCUGGAACCAUCUGCAGUCCGGCUGCUUCACUGAAACUGACAUCCACCGCUUUGCGCCACCUUACUCUGACAAGCAUAAUGAAAUCCAAAAGGAAAACUGAUCACUUGGAGAGAACUGCCAGUGUCGUUCGUCGGGAGGUCGUGUCAGCUGCUAAGGUGUGUGGGGCUGCGAAUGAGUCGCCAUCUGUGAAGAGGCUCCGCCUGCUUGUUGCAGAUAAAGACUUUUCUUUUAAAGCUGGCCAGUGGGUUGAUUUCUUUAUCCCAGGAGUCUCAGUGGUUGGUGGGUUCUCAAUAUGCUCCAGCCCCAGACUGCUAGAAGAAGAAAGAAUGAUAGAAUUGGCAGUGAAAUAUACGAACCACCCUCCUGCUCUCUGGAUUCACAAUCAGUGUACACUUGACUCGGAAGUGGCCGUGAGAGUGGGCGGAGAGUUCUUCUUUGACCCACAGCCUGCAGAUGCCCCCAGAAACCUCGUGUUGAUUGCAGGGGGAGUCGGAAUUAACCCUCUGCUCUCCAUCCUGCGGCACGCGGCCGACCUGCAUAGAGAAUGGGCAGACAAAGGAGGCGGCUAUGAGAUGGGGACGAUAAAGCUCUUCUACAGUGCCCAAAACACCAGUGAGCUCCUGUUUAAGAAAAAUAUCCUCGAUUUAGUAAAUGAAUUUCCUGAGAAGAUUGUGUGCCGUUUGCAUGUUACAAAACAGACAACACAAAUCAGUGCAGAACUCAAGCCAUACAUCACGGAAGGAAGAAUAACGGAAAAGGAGAUAAGUGAUCAUGUUUCGAAAGAGACUUUGUUCUAUAUUUGUGGCCCACCUCCAAUGACAGACUUUUUCUCCAAGCAACUGGAAAACAGCCGUGUUCCCCCAGAACACAUUUGCUUUGAGAAGUGGUGGUAGGGAGCGGGCAAAGGUAGAAAAGAGAAAGGUGCGAAGUCUCCUCAGGACAGCAACAGAGACAGGAUUUGUGGCACGACGGAUUUACCCCUACUCGGCUUCGCUUUUUUUUUUUUUUUAAGGCUGAACUAAGUGACCAGAUGGAGUGUAAAAGAAAGAAACCAGCUGACAGAUGAUAAAUUUUUUACAAAGACUUCAUUGAUUAAAUUAUUUUUUACUCUAUUGAUUUUCUUUUAUUAAUAACUGAUUAUCUCAUGAUGUAUCUUGGUCAAUAAAGAGUUUCUUUCCUUUUAGGGAAAAAGGAGACAUAGACUUAAAUUUAAUCAUAUAAAAAUGCCGUUUUGUGUGUAAAAUGUAAGCUCUCUUUAUUUGAUAGCAACCUUUGUAUCUUAUGCUCAAUAAACUUAAAAUUUAAACAA